AUGCCGCAAUUCAAGUUCGUCGCAGUGCAGUACGGUGAUGGGAAACCCUCCAAAGUGGCCAAAUCUACCCGAAGCCACGCCGUUCGCGCAGGUCUCCAAAAGACGAAACGUCGUUCCAGAAACAAGGCAGUCACGCUGUCUCUUUGUUCUGAAGCAGUCGAAAAAGAUGCGUUGCUUGGAUUCAAGUUCCUUAUGGAUCCCGUGUGCUCCAGCUGCGUUGACCCGUUCAAUAGCCUCCCAGUUCCUACCAAUCUACAAGUCGACCACCUAGUCAAGUACCUGCUGUUCAAGUUUGACAAUAAUCUGGGUACGAAUGAUCGCACCAAGGCAUGGUUUCCCUAUGCCCUACGGAGCACGCCAAUGAUGCACAGUACCCUCGCCAUGGCUGCAGCAUUGUGGCAAGCAGAUUGUCCAGCCUUGGAGAAGUCCAUUCAGGUCGAAGGCUUGCGCCAGAAGGGGGAAGCGAUGCGAGAGGUUGGGGCUUACCUCGCACAAGCUGGCUCCAUUCACAACCACGAGAUCGCAUUUAUAAUAUCUACCAUGUCAACGCUGGUACUUGUAGAGGUAUCCGUAUGCGGUGGGGACUUUGAGACUGCCAAGAUGCAUCUCAAAGGUGCCCAUAAUCUGUUCAGCUCGCGAGGCGGCCGUGACAGCUUCAAGGAUCAGUUCAUCCUCUGCAAGUCGGUCAAUCUGUAG